AGCAGCGGGACGAUUGACGGCCGAGUUGGAGGAAGUUAUUGGGAGCAGCUGUGCUAGUAUGUAACCUUACACGAGUGGGACAGAAACACAGUAACUGAGAGGUAGGCAGCAGCAUUCAUGGAUAUUGUGGACACCUUUAACCAUUUAAUACCCAGUGACCAGUUGGAUGACUCUCUGAUAAUUGGUCAAAAUUUGGAUUGUGAAGCCAGUAAUGAGUUUGGGGCAGGACUCAAACUGGAAGAUUCACUGAAGAACAUGCUCAGUGACAAAGAUCCCAUGUUUGGAUGUGCAAGCGCUCAAUUCAGCCUGCUGGACAAUGAAGACCCUGCUUUUCAGAUUGCUGGUUCGGCAAGUCCAGAUACUGGUUCAGCACCUGCAGGCCUCAACAGUGAAGUUAGUCCUGCAGAGACCUCACAAGUUAAGCGAAUCAUCGGCAAGCAAAAGAAGUAUCGAGGCAGUUUAGGCUACCAAUGUAGAGGUGACCAACAGCCCAGGAUGUCUACCAACACUUUAAUCCGAGGACGACCAAGAAAGAAACCAGCCAACAGACUAAGCAGGUCAUUUCUUAUUGAGAAAGGUGUUAAAGGUGCACAGCUGAAGAAAGAAUUGACUCUGGGAGGGCGCAUUAACAUUAAUGAUCUUGAUGACGAACUAUGGCUGAACCCUACGGUUGUAUUGAGACGACUGACGGUCACAAUUGGAGGAUUUAAGAUUGAAUUGCUUCCAGGACCUUCUUACAUGCAAGGCGUCGACGCAAGCCAGUCUGUGUGCUUUGAUAACAGUUUUUCUUAUACUGGCGAUAUUGGUUUGGCCAUCCUGCCAGAUGAUAGUGUCCCUGUAGAGAAUCCCAUACCAGACAGUGUGGCAGAGAUGGAUGGAACUGAGAAGAGCUCUGCUGAUGAUGCAGCUCAUGGGCUGGGACCUUAUGUGAACCCCAAUGAUGUGCAGACCUCCAAUGGGACUUCAAUGGAGGCAUCCAGCACACUAGAGACAAAACACGAUGAUCGGAGUGUUCCAGGAAAGGCAGUCAGUGAAGAAAAAGAUGGUGCAGAACAUGCACAGGGCAACGAGAAUAAUUCGGUUACUGUUAGUAAUAACCCUGAUGGCAAAGAAAAGCAAUCGACUGUAGCCAAAACACAGGUCAAGUCUAAACAGGGAGUGACGUCGAACAAGAGCAAGGACUUGGUUAUGUGUAAAACAAGCAACAUGAUUAAGGAGCAUGAAGUAUCCCAAAACAAGCCAUCCAAAGUCCUCCAAAGCAGAGACGCACACAAACUGAAAUCUCUAAAGGAUAAACAAGAUGUUUUACCUUUGAAAAGACCUGCAGAGAACACUCAAAUAGAGCAUGCUGCUAAAGUGCAAAAGGUGCACGGUGCAGGGGAUGCAAAAUUGAAGCCAAAGUCACCAAGUAGGCCAAGCUAUGUGGCAAAAAAAGGCCUGUCCCCUGGCAACCGUGCUGGUGAUCAGCAGGGACCAGCCAAACAAAAUAAUCCUCAUCACAGCUCCAAAGUUGAACCCGCUCACCAGGCACAAAGUCAUCCAAGCAAUUCUCUAAAAGGCCCUCAAGAGGGAGCACAGGAAAAGUUCAAACUAAAAAAACUGGAAAAGAUUCUUCAAAGGCAGAAAAGUAAAAAUGCACGAAGCAUCUCUGUGGAUGAGCCGCAGCUGUUUGUUCCAGAUAACGCUCCCGCUGCGAAGAAGGAAACUGCUGAGGAGCAACCCGCGAACACUGAGAGCGUAUGGGAUGGAAACAACUGUUGUGGUCUUUGCAAAAAACAUCACAAUAACAUGUUCAUGGUGGGCUGUGGCCGCUGUGAUGACUGGUUCCACGGUGAUUGCGUUGGUCUCGACCUGGCCAAAGUCCGUGAAAUGGAGGAGGAAGACCAGAUGUACGUCUGUUUAAAAUGCUGCGAUGAAGAAAGCAAGAAGGUGGAGCCUGAGGCCCCAGUAGCAGCCAAACCAGAAGUUCACGAAAAGACUGACACACAAGAUCAUAAGCUGCAUCAUAAGCCUCGUCCUGGAUCCUCCCAGACACUCGCCUCAGGGGGUGUCAGACCAGUAAGAAAGGAUCAAGAAAGGAGGCACUCCACAGAUGUCAAAGAAGCAGCUCAUAAAGCAGGUAAUCACCCAAAACAUGAGAUGAAAAGUAGGGCUCCAUCUUUGGCUUCAAAGAAACCUGUUUCUGUGGAGGCAAUCAGGCGAAAUGUGCGUGAUUCUCUCAAAGAAAUCCUCAUACAAAGGUUGAAGGAGUCUGACUUGAACAUCUCAGUGGAGAGGGCCUCUGAAGUUGCCAAGAAAACAGAGAGAGAGCUGUUUCAUCUGUAUAAAGACACUGACAAUAAAUACAAGAACAAGUACAGAAGCUUAAUGUUUAACCUCAAAGAUACGAAAAAUAAUAUUCUCUUUAAGAGGGUUCUCAAGGGGGAAAUUUCUCCUGGUAACCUCAUUCGCAUGAGUCCUGAGGAGCUGGCCUCUAAAGAGUUGGCUGCUUGGCGACAAAGAGAGAACAGACAUACAAUUGAGAUGAUUGAAAAAGAGCAGCGGGAGGCAGAGAGACGGCCCAUCACUAAGAUCACGCACAAAGGUGAAAUUGAGAUUGAGAGUCAGGAACCAGUGAAAGCACCAGACCCUAUAGAGCUUGAACCUCUUCCCAGAGUGACUGAAGUCCCAGUAGAACCUCCAAAAACCCCAGAGAAGAAAGCAGAAAAUACCAAGGUGGAGAAGGACACUACAAGCCAACACAAAUCUCACCUGUUCGACCUACACUGCAAAAUCUGCACAGGUCGUAUGGCACCGCCUGUGGACGAAGCACCAACCAAAGUGGUCAAAGUUGCUACCACAGUGGUUCGGAGGCAGUCUACCAAAACAGAAGAGACAAGGAGCACAACGCCACCUGCAAUCGAUGAUGACCUACACCUCACCGUUUUAGAGGAGAGCUUCCGAAAUGCCCAAUCAGGCUAUGAAACACGGACGGAUCAUGUAGCUGGAAGAGAUGAAGAGGCUGCUUUCCUUUCUGACCUGAAGUCCCUGUGGCGAGGAUUCAUUCAUAUGCACUCUGUGGCCAAACUUGUCACAAAAGCCUUUCCUGUCUCGGGCAUUUUGGACAACUUGACUGAGGACCUUCCAGACAGCAUCCAGGUCGGUGGCAGGAUAAGUCCUCAGACGGUGUGGGACUACUUGGAGAAAAUUCGGGCAACUGGAACAAAAGAGGUGUGCCUGGUUCGCUUCUCCCCUGAGACAGAAGAAGAUGAGAUCUCCUAUACUCUUCUUUAUGCCUACUUCAGCAGUCGUAGGCGUUUUGGGGUGGUGUCCAAUAACCUGAAACAAGUGAAGGACAUGUAUCUCAUUCCCUUAGGUGCUACGGAAAAAGUUCCCCAUCAGCUUGUUCCCUUUGAUGGGCCAGGUUUAGAAAACAACCGUGCCAACCUUCUCCUUGGACUCAUUAUUCGCCAGAGACCGAAAAGGGAUUUUCUUCCUGUGGACGCGAACGAAUCUGCGAGGAUUGUACCUGAAAUAAAGCCUGUUGCUAUUUCAACAAAAGCUACCACAACACCUGAAGAGGACGAGAAAUUAUUCCUGUCUACGUUGACACCUUUGCACAAAAAAGAGGCAAACAAACCACUUGACACUACUGAAGAUGAUCCUGUUUUAGAGUCUUUUGAGGAACCGUCUACAACAGAGGGACCCAACAGUCAGGAGCCACAAAAACCUCUUCGCUUUCUUCCAGGUGUGUUAGUCGGCUGGGGUGGAGAAUUGCCACCUCUGCCACAUUUUGGAGAUAAACCUAUGACAACGGGAAACGACGCCCUGAAGAGCCAGCCAGCUCCCAAAACAGAUGCAUCAUUCGGUAACUCAAAAAGUCCGUCAGCAGCUGCUCCACGCUUUGUCAUCAAGAAGAAAGAAGCUAAACCUGUUAAAGCUGAACUGGAGCUAUCCAAUCCAGCUGGUGCGUCUCCUUCUAACAAUUCGCUGAGAAAAGACGCUGCGGUUGUGGCCCAUCAUGCAUCAGUCACACUGAAAGAUAAGCCCCCAGAUGUGUCGACUGAAGCGUUUCUGGCGAGCUUGUCAGCAGCUUCAACUGGUUCUGAACCGGGUAAUGCUGCCUCUGUAAACAAAAGUGAUGCUGGCCUUUUGUCUGAAACUGAAAAAGGAACAUCUGAGGGGAAUUCUUUGCUGCAGUCAGAGUCCCAGGCUGGUUCAGAUCACACAAACAGCUCAAAACCUCCUUUAAGUGGAAUAUUGAAAAAAUCUUCAGUAUAUUCCACUGUGAAUGAAGACAAAACAAUGGUGCUACAAAAGGAUAAAGCCAGCCUCCCAGAUCCUUCAAAUACUAAACCGGCUCCUGUGUUGAGCAGCGCUAGAAAGGAUCUGGUCUUGCCAUUUCACCAAGGAUAUCUACAGCUCUCUGAGGCCAGGCACAAGCUCGAAGAACAAAAUCAAACUGCUAUUCAAUUAUUUUCCAGUAAAAAAAGUGAUCCUAGCAUGGGCCAGACUGGUGCUGCAGCAACCCAGAUACUUUAUCCUCCUGAAGCUACAUGUAAUGCAGAAUCCUCUGAGUCCCAACAUGAUUCUGUAAAGGUGCCAGCUGUCCCAGUACACAACAGCAUAACACCUUCCCCUAUGCUGCAGCAGCCUCAGGUAUCUGGCAGCCAGGAUGUCACAGUUGACCUGCCUCCAAACACUAUCUCCACCCCAAACACAGAAGAUAAGAGUUCUAGUCUUCAGACAACUCAGGAGACUUCUUCACUUAGUCCUCCUGGACUUCAGUCCCAGUACCAUGAGAGUCAGUUAGAAUCGUCUGGCCAAGUGUCAUCCCCGGCCAAGGACUACAAACGUUUAGAUGAGCAGUACUGUGACCCCUGGGAGAGGCCGCGAAACUCAGAGGACAGAGAUCACCACGGGAAGCACAGCCACCACAGGGACACCCAUCACGGUAAAAAGAGCCGACACCAUGACAGGGACAGGGAGAAAAAACACGACUACAGCCAUGACGACAAGCACAGGGAGAGGAGCAGGCACCACGGCCACCCAGACGACCGGCACGGUGAGAGGAGGAAAGAGAGGCAACACAGCGACGAACACAGUAGCCGCCACAAGGACAGACACAGGCAUAGGCGGGACUCAGACUAUGAAAAUGGACGAAGAAGUUCAAAAGACAGUUAGUCCUGAUUUUUUUUUAUUUUUAAAAAUGCCCAACUAGAGACCAUCUGGUGCUCUUACAGACUUUUAGCUCGUUGAACGCUGGCUGUAGGUGGAGUCAUUUGUUUUUUUAACACCAGGCUGCAUCUUUAUGCCAGAUCUCUUACAGAAGGUUCUUUUUAUGUUAUCAACAGUACAACCAGAAGGAGUUAUCAUUUCAGUGGAAUCAUUAAUCCAGACAAGUUUAAUUGGGACCAAGAAAAGACAAUAUUUGUGCAUUUUCCCGUUUAACCAUUUUAACAUGUACAUAACGUGUUUAUACUGAGCUGCUGUACCAACUUAAAACGACCAGUCUUUAGGUCAUAAACAGCAUGGACCAUUUGGUUAAAAUUUUGAAAGUAAGCUUUAGAAUCUUGGCUCGAAUGUAACAGAUGAAUAUUCAAUUUAGCAGCUAUAAACAGAACCUUUCUUUAAUUUUAAUUUCUUAUAUAUUGCUUAAGUAUUUUAUAAACAUUUAUGUUAAACUGUACAUUUUGGCUUGUAAUAUACAUUAGAGAUGAAGUGUGCCUUUGCACUGUGUGUUUAUGUACAGUUGGUAAUAAAAACUAAUCCUUUUUUAA